UUUUUGGCUUUCUCCACUGCAGAAAUGAAUAGCGGAACUGAAGCGUUGACGUCAUUGGGCCAUCCUUCUCUAUCAUUCAUCUCAUCGUCAGUCAAACAUACUUUCAGCUUAAACUUCAAGGUGUUGGUGAUAAAAUGACGCAUAUUUCAGAGAACACAUUUCCCAGUCUGUCACUUGUGGUAUUUGGGAACUCUUCAUCAGUCCAGUUUGGAUAUGAAAACAUUUUUCUUGGAGAAGAACAGAUGAAUAUGGAAAGUGCAGAAAUAUCCAGCAUUGUUCCUGUACAGAGAGAGAUAUCAGAGUGUCACGUGUCAGUGAUCAACAUGAUUGACUUACAUGAGGCUGAACAUGUGGAUCAUCUCAUCGGUCAAAUAGUGAAUGAAAAUGAAAUCCACGCCUUUAUCUUUGUCUUACGACUGGGCCAGUUAACUGAUGCUGAUAAGAUGGGUCUUGAAUGGCUUCAGAGAGUGUUUGGUGACAAAGUUCUUCAGUUUGUGAUGAUUCUCUUCACCUAUGAGAGAGAAGAAGAGUGUGACACUAUAAUAGAUGAUCUAAAGAAAGACCCUAUCCUGGAGCAGCUGCUGGAGAAAUGUGGAGGAAGAUAUCACACCUGCAACAAGAUGAUGAACAACCAAUCAGAGAUGAGAGACCUGAUGGACAAGAUUGAGCAUCUGUUUAAUAAGAAUCAACAGCAGUGCAACACUGGUUACAUACCAGAAAUGGGACAAAAUGCACAACUGCACUUGAUUUUAUUGGGGGGGAAACAAGUUGGGAAAAGUGCAGCAGGAAACACAUUGCUGGGACGAGAAGUUUUUGUGUCAAAUAAAAGCUUCAAAUUGGUCACUCGAGAUGUUGCUGUGGUAUCUGGGACUGUUGAUGGGUUUCCAGUCACUGUUUAUGACACACCAGGAUUCUGUGCCCCAGACAUGAGAGAAGAAAAGAUUCAGCAGAUGAUAAAUGAAAAGGUUCUCCAGGAAUGUAAAUCAGGUCUCUGUGUAUUUCUGCUGGUCAUCAAAAAGGAAGACAGAAAAACUGUGGAGAAGAUUGAGAAGCUCUUGGGAGAAAACCACUUGGAGAAAACCUGGAUUCUCUUCACCAGAGGAGAUGAGCUAGAAGAUGAUAACAUUACAAUACAAGAAUUCAUCAAUGCUAAUGAAGCACUGAAGACACUUGUUGAGAAAUAUGAUCAGAGAUACCAUGUGUUCAACAACAAGAAGGAAGGAUCAAGUGGCCAAGCUAAAUGGCUGCUGAAAAAAAUUUUCACAAGAUCUUUCAGAGAGAAGGAAGGAGGGAGCAUUCGCAGAUAUAAUGAUGUCACCAGUCCAAACACUCAUGAUGAACCAGACACUCUUGUCUCCAGUCUCUCAUCCAUGCGGAUUGUUCUUCUGGGUAAAACUGGUUUUGGGAAAAGUGCGACUGGAAACACAAUACUGGGAAAGAAUGAGUUUAUAUCUGAGAUCAGCUCAAAAUCAGUAACCCGUGGAUGUUCAGUGAAACAUGCCACUAUUUCAGGCAGAUCUGUGUUUGUGGUCGAUACUCCUGGAUUCUUUGACACAAAGAUUAAACACGAGCAGUUAAUGAUAGAGAUAGCAAAAAGUGUUUAUUUAUCCAGUCCUGGACCUCAUGCUUUUCUCAUUGUUUUCAAAGUAACUGACAGAUUCACUGAACAUGAGCAGCAGAUUCCUCAGAUUAUUGAGGUCAUGUUUGGUCAGGAGGUGAUAAAAUACUCCAUCAUUCUCUUUACUUAUGGAGAACAGCUGGAAGGAAGGACCAUGGAGAAAAUCAUUGAGGAGAACAGUAGAUUAAGAGAUCUAGUUCAGCAGUGUGGAGGCAGAUAUCAGGUGUUCAGCAAUAAAGAUGAGAAUAACAGAAAGCAGGUGAAUGAGCUCCUGCAGAAGAUUGACACAAUGAUAAAGCAGAAUGGAGGACACUACAGUAGUCAGCUGUUGGAAGAUGCUCAGAAAUUUAGAGAAGAGGAAGAAAAAAGGAGACAGAGAGAAGAAGAAGAGAGAAAAGAACAAGAGAAACAAAGACAAGAGCAGUUAGAGAGAAAGAGACAGGAGACAGAGAGAAUCAGAAAAGACAUGGAAGCUAAGAGAUUAGAACUAGAAAGACUUAAAGCACAGAGACAGAGAGAAGAAAAAGAAAGAAAAGAACUAGAGAAACAAAGACAAGAGCAGUUGGAGAAAAUGAGAAAGGAGACAAAGAGAUUUAGAGAAGAAAUGAAAGCUAAGAGAUUAGCACUAGAAAGACAUGAAGCAGAGAGACAGAGAGAAGAAACAAAGAGAAAACAAAAACAAGAGACUGAAAGAUUCAUGGAGGAGAUUCUAAAAGCUCAGAGAUCUGAACUGGAAAAACUUAAACAGAGACUCAAAGAGGAGGCGGAGAGAAAACAAGAAGAGGAAACUGAGAAAUUAAUAGUUCAUGAAAAGUCUAUUAUAAAAAGACGAAGUGAAAACCCUGAAUUUGAACAAUUUUACAGAAAGCAUCGGUGCAGAUGGCAUAUGGCAGCUUUUAUAAUUAAUCAUAUGACUGCUGGUCAAGUUGUUGGUGCAGUUAUUGGUGGAGUUUUUGGAUCUAUUGCUGGCCCUUUUGGUGCAGGUAUUGGUAUAGGUGUUGGUGCAGCUGUUGGUACAGCUGUUGGUGCAGUUGCUGGUAAAUUUAGGCUUUAACAUAAAUAAUUCUCGUGGCCCACAGGUCUAAGAGACCCAAACCCCAGUUUAUACAGAGGCUGUCCACUCCAAACCCCUGGUCCAUGCUUCAAUCAGGCCAGAGUUUCGGACAAAUUUAUUUCCCUUGACAAAUUAAUUCUUCCCAUGAUUUGAAUAUUUUAUUAGUUUGUUUUAGCUGCUCCACACACUUUGAUUUAAAAGGAGUGAUAUAUAAAUCAUUUUUCUAUUGUUAUAAUUCAUUUAAUAUCUAUUAAUUUUUAAGUUUAACCUUCAUUCAUUUCUGUUGGUACCAGAGUGAGGUUUUAAGGUGAUAUGGUAGCAAACCUUUAAAUUGAUAUAAUAACAUUUGUGAUUUGUGUUUUCUGUUUGUAUGAAUUCAAUUUGAUAUGUUCAUUUGUAAUUUCUGUAACAAUAUGACUAAUAUGUAAUUUGCAAAUGCAUUAUAAUCACUGAUAAGCAGUUAUAUCAGGGUGACUUUAAUACUUGCAAUAUCCAAUGAUGCCUUGAUAUUAAUGUUAAUGUACAUUUAAAUAUAUAUAUAUAAAUCUAUACUGCUGAUCAUAAUUUACGUUUUUAGUAUUUAAUUUACAGUUUCACUCUAUUCAGUUGUCAUCCUGCUUGUUCAGUUGAUUGGAAUCAUUAAAGGAGCAAGACUGCUUAUUUUCCUGGCUCUUGGCUUGCUGUUUUAUGCUUGUUACUGCUGCAGCAGCAGAACAUAAGGAGAGGACAUAACAAUUUUAAACUGGGGACAAACAUCAGGGUAAAAAAAGAAAAAUAAGAAAAACAAAAGGAGCCUCCUGGAAAAUAUCUGGCAAACAAUUAACCAUUUUAAACUUACAUGUUAUAAAUGCAUCAUAAAUGUAUUCAUUAAUAUGUAUUUCACUCAAAAUUAAUAUGAGGUGUGUGCUAUAUCUGUGAUCCAGAUCUGUGAUUACAUCCAUUAUAAACACAAUAAACCCUAUGAAAGCA